AUGACGACAAUGCUUUGGGAAGCAAAGGCAAUAAUGCUGAUAUUUUCAGCAUAUCUCCUGGCUGAUAUGGGACUCAGAAGUCUGGCGGCAGCAACCUUGGCUCUUUUCCUGGUGUUUUCUCUCAUGGGACAUUCCAGCAGUGCACCACAGGGACUCUUCGAGAGAAGGAACUGGACUCCUCAAGCUAUGCUCUACCUGAAGGGUGCACAGGGGCGCCGCUUCAUCUCCGACCAGAGUCGAAGGAAGGACCUUUCCGACAGGCCACCGCCAGAAAGACGAAGCCCAAAUCCUCGACUACUAACCCUUCCAGAGGCAGCAGCAGCUCUGUUGUUGGCUUCCUUGCAGAAACCACAAGAAGCUGGAGAAGAAAACUUUGAUUGGAAGCUAGUCUGAUAAACUGGUGAAAAUAUAUCAGAUUGCGCUCAGUUACAGUUCUGUUAUUGUUGAAGACAUAAGCCAUGUGAAUAAAACCCUUGGAUCCUUUUUACUUCAUUGUAAUGUUAGGAACAUGCACAGCUAGUUUUAUUCUUCCAGAAGCAAAAGUAAUGUAGAGGUCUUAACUGAGAACAUCACUGCUAAUUUUAAAUUAAUAUUAUUAUUGCUUCAGGUCCUGUUUAGACACCUUGUGUCUCACACGCAAAUAUUUUAGAGCAUUUAUGAGUACAAGGCUGAAGACGCUUUAAAGGAUGAUCUUUCUUUUUGUUACAACAAACAUCCAUCUUGAUCUAAUAAUUAUGUAUGGCUGGUUUUUCCAUUCUGUUACCCACUUGUAUUAUCUUGUCAUUCAGCAGUGAAUUUCUUCCUCCUUGCACCCACCGUUUCCCACCUGCAAGGAGGGUGAGGGAGGAAGUAUGGCAGAAUGGGAGAGAGUAGAGUGUGAUUGUCUUAGCAGUUCAUGCAGGAGAGGUAAGGUGUUCCGGCUGGAAGUGGGAAGGGACUUACUCUAAUUGACUAGAACUCUAGACUUUAUUUGACAUGAAAACAUUAUAUAAAGGCACCCUGAUAAUGUAAGUGCAUGGUAAUAGGCCUAAUUUACUCCUUUUUAAAGUCAACUUGGGUUUAAUACUAUCUGUAACACAUACUCACAUACACAUAUACCUACAGAAAGUAUAAUAAUAUAUUUAUUUGUAAUUACAAUGUGACCAUCAUGUUGAUUAUUUUUACCUUAUUAAUUGAAAGUUGUUAUUGAUAAAUAGAAAGUAUUGUUAAUUCUUAUUGUCAUCAGUAUAUAGCCAUUAUUCAGUAGCUAAAGAAUAUUGUUAUGUGCAUGUCUCUAUAACUUGGAAUAACAAUUUUACUGUAUUAAGUAAUCAAAACCCUCCUCAUAAGAUUUGUCUGCAUCUUGUUUCAUAGUUGAGUAAUGAAACUAUAAUCAAGUUAAUGUGACAAUGAUUUCUGAUAAAAAUAUUCUAGCAUUAAAAAAACUAUGUGGCAUUAUAAUAGACAGCUGUCAUUAAUUAUUAUUUCAUUUUAAAGUGGAUUUUCUAAACAGUGCAUAAGUGAGGAUUAUUUCUUCAUCUGACAUAGACUUGUACAUAUUGGCUAUUUAGAUAUUAUGUCUAUUCCCAGAACACUUUUAAAAUCUAUCUUAUGAAGUAAUUCUUCCCACAGUGAACUAGAACAAUCUCAACUAUUUCACACUGAAACACAAUUUUUGAAAGCUGUCUAAAUGACCAAUAGCUGUUAAAAUAAGAAUCAGCUCCAAGUAUUAUAAGUACUUGAAUUCCUUGAAUGCUAUACAGAUGUGCCAAUUAAUACACUCAUCGCAUAAAGUCCCUGACACCAUUUGCUGUAACUUUCUAUCUCCCAGGUGUCUUUGCAGUUCUCUUUAUUUCUGUCUUUUUCAAAACUGAAAUGAAUGAGUGAUCAGUGACCAAAAAUUUUCACAUUCACAUGGCUUGGAUUUUAACAUUGGGAAAUACCUUCCUCAUCAAUGCAUAUCCAUGCACUAGAAUACCCCACCUCCACAUGGCACUUGCACCCAUUUUUAGCACAGUUCCGGUUGCUCUAUGCCCUAAUUCCCCUGUGGCUAUCUGCACUUUGUUUAUAUAUACUGUCUCCAGUGUGGGUUCUCAAUUACUCUAUGCUUCCCUGGGUUUCCUCAGUGGAUGCCCCCCCUCCUCCCACACCACCACUGUGAUCAUGAGACAUGAGAGAAGGCAGAGAGGCUCUGACCUUAAAUUCAGCUUCCAAUUCUCAUUUCCUCUUUUUCCUGGUUAUGAGAAGUAAAAGCCUAUAUCCUGUCAACCUUGAGUUACAUUAUUUUAUGUAGGCUUCAGGAGAAAGGAGAGUUGGGAAUGUAACCUGUUGGUGUCCUCCUUCUGGGCAACAAAUCCUGUGAGGAAGAGUUCAUUUGUAAUUUGAUUUGAUCCUUACAACCACCAUGUGAGGUGGGCAAUUGUAUCUCCCACGUUACUUCAUGGAAAGUUAGGCUCAUCGUCUGAAGCCUCUUUGAACCUCCCCAGUGUACACAUGACCAGCCCCUCUUCCGAAUCCCCCUAGCUCCCCAAAAAACUAUUAGUAUAGUACUUGUAGUAUUUUAUAUUGUGAUCUAUAUAUGUAAAGCCAGCCCUAUCAACCCUAACUUUUUCCAUGGAAAGAAGUGUGGUACAAUGCAUAAAAAAAGUCUCGCUCGGGCGGCCGAGUGGCGCGAUGGUUAAGAACUGGCUUGGGAUGCCAGAGGGCCUGG